AGUAUAUAAGGCGUGGGCUGGGCUGGACUGGCAGACACUUGGGCUGACGGCAGUGAGCAGACAUCAGCACCAACCAUGAAGACCUACGUGUGUGUGGCUCUGGGCCUCCUGGCAGUGGCGGCUCUGGUGCACGCUGACCCUGAGCCCGAGGCCCUCGCCGAAGCCGACCCCGACGCCCACCGGCCCUACUCCUACCACUACGGCUACCCCCACUACGGCCACUACUCCUACCGCCACUACGGCUACCCGCGCUACCACCACCACCACAAGCGGUCCGCUGACCCUGAGGCCAGUGCUGACCCAGAGCCCAGCAGACACUACUACGGCCACCACCACCACACCCCCUACCACGACCACCACCACAAGCGCUCCACUGACCCGAGGCUGCCGCUGAGCCCAGCAGGCACUACUCCUACGGUCACCCCACCACUACGGCUACUACCACAGCCCAGCGCAGAGCCCAGCAGGACCCACUACUACGGGUACGGCCACCCCGGCUACCACUACUACAGGUACCCCUACUACCGCUACGGCUCCUACCACCGCCACCACUAG